CGCAGUCGAAGUGUAUUCCUGCCAAGUCGACACAUGGGUAUUUCCUGAACGAGCUGAAGUGCGCGAUGAUAUAUCCCAACGUCAGGGGCAGCUCGGGAUAUGGCAAGUCGUUCCUUGCAGCGGACGAUAUUGAGAAGCGAGAGGACGCUAUCAAGGACAUUGGGGCGCUCCUGGACCACAUUCAUCAGAAUAUGGGCAAAGAGCUUGAGCCCUCUCGGAUUGCAGUUAUGGGCGGCUCAUACGGUGGAUUCAUGGUCUUCUCAAGCCUCGUACAUUUCUCUUCUAAGCUCACCUGCGGCCUCUCUAACUUCGGGAUGACUCACCUCCCGUCCUUCCUCGAGAACACGGCUGCGAUGCGGCGCGCCGCCCGGCGCCGCGAGUACGGCGACGAGUCCGACCCCAAGAUACGCGCGUUCCUCGAGCACGUCUCGCCCAUCAGCGGUGCGGACAGAAUCUCGGCGCCGACGCUGAUCACGCACGGCGAGGACGACACGCGCGUGCCUCUCGCAGAGGGUGCCGACAGGCUUGGUGGUUUGCGAGAAGGAGGGGCACGGUGAGUUCUGUUUUUUCUCAAAGCACCCACCCGCCUUUCUGCCCUGAUCGCGACGCACGCACGAAGAUAGGGUAUGCAUUUCUUCGAGAGGUACCUGGUUGAUGACCUCAAGGCGUGAUGUCAUGGCGAUCGCUGCGGAUCCAUACAUAGGACGACUCGGAGUUGGAAAGCUCCGGGUUCAGGAACAUUAAAGUUCUGUUGUGUAGUCUCCCAAGAUGUGUAUUAUUACAAGGUUUAUACCCC